AUGAAGGUGAAAUCUGAUGAUCCAAAUGAAGGUGGUUGUGAAAUUGACGAUCCGGUUCAAGUUAAGUUUUUUCACAAUACAAAAUUUUGUCUCCGCGUACAAGAAUAUCUACAAAAAUUACUUUCUGUACAAAUCGCCAUCGUCCCUCAGCAACUAAUGAAAGAACGACGGUAUACUGAGAACGUAGAAAAUGGUUACCGAAUUCAUAUCUUGGAUACGAAGGAAAAUAAAACAGAGAUCGAAAAAGUCCUCUCAGAUGCUAUCAAAAAUCUAUUUGAAACAGUUCAAUCACAAACAUUCACUAAUGACAAAGUUAAAGAAUGGUUACAAAAUCGUCCUAAUACAUUAAACAAUUUGGCCUGUCUACAAACAAUUAUGGAUGAGAAAAUUCAUCAUCUCUUUACUGUGUGCCAGGAAGAUCCUAAAUAUUCGUUAAAAAUUUAUUAUUUUUCUGAAGAUUUAUCGAGUGUUCCUAAUAUUAAAGAAUUAAUUAAAAUCGUCCCAGACAAAAUCGUACAAGAAAUCAUAUUAUUCCCAUAUCAAUCUGUACAUUCCAGACGAGUUAAACACGAAUCAGAGGAAUUAAUCACAGGAGCAACUGCAAAGGGAGAUAUAUCGGUUUCGGUCACUAAUGAUAAUUCAAAUUUGAAGAUGAUGCAAAUAAAAAUUAUAAUAUUUGGUUAUUACAAAACAGUGAAUCAAUUGAAGAAAGAUUUGUCGCUAAUGAUUGCGAGAUAUGAUGUGACAACAUUUAAAUUUAGUUCUCUCGAUACAUAUCAAGUGGAGUUUCUCUUAAGAAACUGCCGUGACGAAUUGAGAGAAAUCGAAGAAAAAUACGAACAAUUUGGUCUAGUGUUACGAUUGAGAUCAAAUGAAUUUUUAGCACCUGCACACCUAGAAAAGGAAAUUCAAUCUUCUAUUACACAGUUGUUAUCGGACUCGAAUACUAGGACCUUUAAGAGUAGUUCGUUACCAAAAGGUGUCGCAGAAAUAGCAGAGAAACAUUUAAAAUCAAUUUUUCAACAUAAUUAUUGUCAUAUUAUGAUUGAAUUAAGAUCAAAAUCUCAGUAUUACACCAUACCCAAAGCGUCGUCCUCCAAUACGGAAGUCAUGCCUGUCGAUGAUUUUCUUUUCUCUCCAAAUGUAUUCAGGAAAAUUAAUGUGGCAAAUGGAUCGAUUGAAAUUCGUAUAGGAGAUAUUGCUUUACAAAAAGUGGAUACUAUAGUCAUACCGAUGACAACAAAUGGAUUAAAAGAAGGUGUGAUUGAACGAGCAGGAACAUUCAAUUAUGAACGUACUUAUACAAAUGCAACAGGACCAACGUUUACGGAAACAAAUGGAGGAAAGCUGAGUUGUAAACGAAUUCUCUUUUCAAACUGGACGCCACAGACAUUGAUCAAUGACGAAAAUGAAUUACGAAAAUCGAUACAAUUGUUUGUUUCGAAAUCUGUAGAAUAUACAUUAAAAGAGGGAAAUGCAAGGUCAAUGGCAUUCGUUGUUUCUAGUUUAUGUGCAAACGAAAUAGUUCUGGUAGAAGAACUGAUUAAUACUGCAAAACAACAACUAGAAUCGAAAAAGUCACAAUUGAAAAUCUCCUUUAUUCUAUUACCAGAACAAAAGACUUUGUAUCGUCAAUUUUUUUCUUUUGUUGGAAAAUCACAGGAUGGCUAUGCGCAGUUGGACUGUCCGACAUCAAUUAUUAAGAUCACCCUUCAUGCGACUACAGAUGAAUAUUUAACAAGAUGUCAAAAUAAAAUAAAUAGAUAUUUGGAACGAUGUAUAACUUCGAUGAAAUUAGCUAAUGCUAAUGGUAUUUUUCAACACUGGGAUCAACAUAUGAUCAACAAGUUUUACAAAUAUUGUCAUAAUCAAUUCGUUUUGCCAAAUCUCGAUCAAACAGGCGAAGAACUUGAGCUAGUCGGAUUUGAAAAAUAUGUUCACGAGACUAAAGAAAAAUGGCAUGUUCUAUCUCAUUUAGCAAUAGAAAAACUUUUACGCACAUCGACGACAAAUCGUUCAAGAUCAGCACGAGUUCAUACUUACAAUCUAAUGCUGAGUUACUGUCAACAAGAUACCAAAAAAUGUCAGCAUCUCAUUAAACGAUUUAUCGAAGAGGGUUUAACCGUAUGGGCAGAACCGAUCGUCGACGAACAGCCACGUGAUGCUUCCUCUCAGAUGAAUAAAUCAGAGUGCAUUAUUCUUUGUAUUAGUGAAAAUUAUUACGAGAGUCAAUCAUGCGAGAAAGAAGCAAGACAUGCUUUGCAAACAGGCAAACCAACUUUCUUGGUAAAAGUUCGAAACGAUCCAUUGUUCGGUUGGCAACGAGAGAUCUUUGAAGGAAAAUUACUUUUUUCAUUUUUUGGAUCCGAUUAUUACUUGAAUUUGCAAUACGAUCAUUUAUUAUUGAAGAUUUUACAAUCGAUAAAAUCAAACAAUUCCUCUUUGAAACAACCAGUCGAGCAACUACGAUCAAAAUAUGAUAGAAGAGUUCAAAUCCUCAUGCAAAUUGGUCAUAUAGAAAAUGAAGAAAUGGUAAAGUUAAUUCAACAACUACAGAACGUUAUUGAUGCUCCUGAUCAAGAAAAAACUGAGUCAGAUGAACAAACUCAAGAAACUAAUACUGAUCAUCGAGACACGAAGAAGAAUAAAGGAGAAUAUGAAUGGAUCGAACGUUGGCUAAGAAAACCAACGAAUAUUACAAAACAGAAUCUACCACCGUUUGCAUUCAGUGGUGAUAUCAAUGAUGCGAUAUUUCCGAUGCCUGAAUAUAUAGUUCAGCAACUAGGUAUAGAAGAUCAAUCACUUUUAUUCACACAACCUUCUACAGCAAAAUUUCGAAAUAUAUUUGAAUGCGAUAUUAUUAAACGAUCAGUCGUACGUUCAUCUCCGCGCGAUUUAUUAAAUGAAUUUCCUGUAGAUGACGAAUAUACCUAUGGAAUGUGUACACAACAAACAGAGUACUCUAAUUGUAUGUCUCACGUAUUCACUGACUGGCAUUCUAGUACCGAUGGCGAUACACAGAAUAAAACACGUUUACCUUGUCUACCAGUAGAAGUAUCCAAUCACUCCAAAAAUAAGGCACACAAAUGUCGUGAUUCAAACCGUACAGACAAUUCGGCAAACAUGAAGGAAGAAGAUGUCAAAUAUAUUGCUAAAAAAUAUCAACCUACUACUCGUGCAGAAUUAGAUGUCUACUUCAAACAGUUUGCUCAACGAAUGCAAGAAAAUAUCAUUCAAUUUGAAAAUUUCUGUGCAACGGCUGCCGUGCACCCAACCGAUCGGAAAAAGCGACGAACUAUCCAGUAA